CUCCAUCUCUGUGUCUCUGUCUCUAUCUUUUUCUCUCUCUGCCUCUGUCUAUUUGUCUGUCUCUCUGGCUUUCUAUCUGUCUCUUUCUCACUUUGUCUUUCUGUUUCUCUCUCUGUGUCUCUCCUCUGUUUCUCUUUCUCUCUGUCUCUGUCUCUCUCCCUCCCCCUCCUCUGUCUCUCUCUCCUCUCUCUCUUUUUCUCUCUCCCCUUCCUCUCAUACUCUCCCUCUUAUGCUCUCUUUAUGGUUCCAAUCCAGGCUAGAGCACUUGGGAGACAUCAUCCAUUGUCCCUGUAAAUUGUCAUUUCACAAUCCAGGCUUUGAGUCAUUUAAAUGACUGUGCUUGAGAUACUGCACUGACUCAUUUAAUCUCUCUAAGUAACUUUCCUCUGCUUACACAGCAGUCCAGCAGUGGCCCUGGGUGCCACAGCCAAGCCUAGCCUCUUCCUCAGCAUCAUUCUCUCCCUGACUGCUUUCCCUUGCCCCUACUGCCUCUGUUCUCUCUUUUUUUUUUUUGGAACUGGAAUAUUUUCUGGUGAUUGGACAAAACUACUAGAGGAGAAGCAGUUGACCCUUAAAUAUACUUGCUGGUGAUGGUGGUAAAGGAGGACUUUUAGGGUACCCUUCAUACAUGGUCCUUCAUACAUGCUCACUGCACCAUGGGAAGCAUAGAAGGAGAGAAGAUGGGAAUAAGCAUCUUGAUUGAAGGAACUCUAAAUAGUAGAUAGGAAGGUACUUACCCAAAGGGAUUCCUAGGUUCCUUGAGGUUUUUCUUAUCACCUCUACCCCGAGAAUUCAAGUACCAGCUUCUACAUGAGACCUUUCCUCAUCCCUCCAGUUAUUAGGGCCUCCUCUCUACAUCUUACUUAGCCUGUGCAGUAUUUUGCAUUUAUUGAUCUGUAGGCAUUAUGUCAUUCCCCUCUCCCUAAAUGAAUGCAAUCCCUUGAAGUCAGAGAUUGAUUUGGUUUUGUUGUCAUUGUUGUUUUGUUUUGUUUUAUAAAACCCUUACCAUCUCAGUUCUAAGGCAGAAGAGCAGUAAAGAUUAGGCAAUGGGGGUUAAGUGACUUGCCCACAGUCCCAGAGCUAAGGAAUGUCUGAGGUUAGAUUUGAACCCAGGACCUCCUGCCUCCAGGAUUGGCUCUCAAUCCACUGAGCCACCUAGCUGCCUCAACUGGUUUGUUUUUAACAUUGUAUCCCCAGCACCUUGCAUAGUGGUAUAUAAUAAGUACUUAAUAAAUAUUUCAUGGAUAAAUGAAUGAAUGAAUAAAUUAUACAGAUCCCAAAUACUUUGUGAAAAGUAAUCUCUGUGUGUGUGUCUUUUCUGACCUUGUCUUUCUUUCCCCUGUCCUCCCCAUCUCAUAUAUAUAAGACAGAGGCGAGAAUUUCAAAAAGGGACUAUACUUGAGCAACAAAUAAUGAGUAUAUUUUUCUCUAAUUCUUUAAGAUUGAUAAAACAAACUAAACUGACUUUGUCCCAAAGUGACAAGUCUCAAAAGAUAGGAUCCUUUUCUGAGAUAGCCCUAUCAUAAUUGCCCACAUUCAUACAUCUAGUUCUGAGGCCAGAUUUGAACCCAGGAAAUCCCAUCACCAGGCCUGGCUUUCUAACUACUGAGCCAUCUAGCUCUCCCUGUACAAUGUUCUGUCUCUCUCUCUCUCUCUCUCUCUCUCUCUCUCUCUCUCUCUCUCUCUCUCUCUCUCUCUCUCUCUCUCUCUCUCUCUAAACCCUUAUCUUCCAUUUUAGAAUCAAAACUGUCUAUUGGUUCCAAGAUAGAAGAGCAGUAAGGGUUAAGUGACUUGCCUAGGAUAACAUAGCUAGGAAGUGUCUGAGGUCACAUUGGAACCUAGGACCUCUUGUCUCUAGACCUGGAUCUCAAUCCACUGAGUCAUCUACCCAACCCUACAAUGUUCUCUCAAACUUUCAUAUCCAUCAAGGCACAAGAAGUGCUACAUUUUCUUUCCUGUGGGUUUGGGUGCAGAUGAAGUUCAGCUCCCAAUCUUAAGCACUUGGGGCAUGUACUUUACAAACAAUGAUAAUAUUUAGGUUUUUCUAAGUAUAAAGGAAGGACCAUUCAUUUACAGAACCCACCUCUUCAGCUGAGAGAUUUGGACCCUAUGUCCCCAUUCUUCCCAAGAAAAUAUAGUAUGGUUUUCAAGCACAGGCUCCAUUGCCCUAUGUUGGAGAGUAGAAAGAAAUUCUAGGGAAUGCUGCCAUGGCACCAAUGGGAAAUGAGGAUGAGGAAUGGGGCAUUUGAAGCAUUUCCUGAAUUCUUCUGUUCAGCUCCUCUUCACCCCCAACCUACAUUUUCCUGCCAGAGACAAAACCCCAUCCCACCAACUGAAAACCUUCCAAAUCAACUCUUAACCCAGCCAACUCUGCAAAGAAGUCAAGUCAAAGAGAAAGGGAGCAGAUAGAGAAGGGCUCUGGGGCUCUGGGGGACAGAGAUGAGCUGGUACCCCUACCCUAACCCUGGGAAUUAGAUCUGUGUGGGAAGUGCUAGAAGAGAGAAUACAUUGACCUUCACCUUUUGGUUUCUCUUCUCCCCCUCUCUCCCACCUUUUCCUUGAAGGGCUACUUCCCUCCUUUGUCUAAGAAACAGGAGUUUGGGGAAGAUUUUGGGAUGGAAAAAACCAAGAGAAAAGUGCCUGACUUUGGGCUUCUGAGGCUGGCUUUGGGUUAGAGCUGGGGCCAUGCCUCAGGGAAUAAUCAUGCCAAGGGAUCAGAGUGAACCUUCCAUCAAGGAUAAAAGGGCUAAGAACUGUGAGCUUUUCACCCUCCUUGGCUUCCUAGAGGCAGCUCUCCCCUUACUCCCAUCUGCACUCAGAGAUCCCUACAAUUAAUGGGCAUGAUUGGGAAGUCUGUUUGAUGUGGCAUACUGACGAGAUGUUUCUGAGGCCAGAGCUGAAUGCCGGAGGGAGGGGAUGUAAAGGGUGUGCCCAGUGUGGACUAAAGCCUUAGGGCUGGAUGUGGAAACCCUGAGGCUGGAACUUCAAAAGUUGCUGAGUCUAUGCAGCAAGCUGACCUGGAUCAGAUGAAAACUCCUGCUGUUGAGACAGAGAAGGGGGCCUCCGGACCACUCAGGCAUGGUGCAGUUUUAUGGUCUAUCAAAGAAAAGAAAGAGAUUCGUGCACAGUGCCAUCUAUAUCCAGGGCUAGGAGGGAUCUUUGAGUAUGCAGAUGGACCCAAUGCCCAGGUCAUGAAUGCAGAGGAACAGGCCUUCCGAUUUUCUGCCAACAUCAUCAACAGAAACAGAACUUUGCUGCCCAAUACCACCUUGACUUAUGAUAUUCAGAGGAUACACUUCCAUGACAGCUUUGAAGCCACCAAGAAAGCCUGUGACCAGUUGGCCCUGGGGGUUGUAGCCAUUUUUGGACCUUCCCAGGGCUCCUGCACCAAUGCAGUCCAGUCCAUCUGCAAUGCUCUGGAAGUACCCCACAUCCAACUACGUUGGAAACACCAUCCCUUGGAUAAUAAAGACACCUUCUAUGUGAAUCUCUACCCCGACUACGCAUCCCUCAGCCAUGCCAUCCUUGACCUUGUCCAGUAUCUGAAAUGGCGGUCAGCAACCGUGGUGUAUGACGACAGCACAGGCCUCAUCCGACUGCAGGAACUCAUCAUGGCCCCGUCGCGCUACAACAUCCGGCUGAAGAUUCGCCAGCUGCCCAUCGACUCUGAUGACUCCCGGCCUCUGCUCAAAGAGAUGAAGAGAGGCAGAGAAUUUCGCAUCAUCUUUGACUGCAGCCACACCAUGGCUGCCCAGAUCCUCAAGCAGGCCAUGGCAAUGGGGAUGAUGACCGAGUACUACCACUUUAUCUUCACAACUCUGGAUCUUUAUGCAUUAGACCUUGAACCCUACCGCUACUCUGGAGUGAAUCUAACAGGGUUCCGAAUCCUCAACGUGGAGAACCCUCAUGUCUCGGCCAUCGUAGAGAAGUGGUCCAUGGAGAGACUGCAGGCGGCACCCCGGGCUGAGUCUGGCCUGCUGGAUGGGGUGAUGAUGACAGAUGCGGCUUUGCUGUACGAUGCUGUCCAUAUUGUCUCUGUGUGCUAUCAGCGGGCCCCGCAGAUGACCGUCAAUUCACUGCAGUGCCACCGUCAUAAAGCCUGGCGCUUUGGAGGUCGCUUCAUGAAUUUCAUCAAAGAAGCUCAAUGGGAAGGAUUAACUGGACGGAUUGUUUUCAACAAAACCAGUGGCUUAAGGACUGAUUUUGACUUGGAUAUCAUCAGCCUGAAGGAAGAUGGCCUGGAGAAGGUGGGUGUGUGGUGUCCUGCUGAUGGUCUCAACAUCACAGAGAUUGCCAAGGGCCGGGGCCCCAACGUCACUGAUUCCUUGACCAACAGGUCCCUCAUUGUCACCACUGUGCUGGAGGAGCCCUUUGUCAUGUUCCGGAAAUCAGACAUGACCCUCUUUGGGAAUGACCGGUUUGAGGGCUACUGUAUUGACCUGCUGAAAGAACUGGCCCACAUCCUGGGCUUCACCUAUGAGAUCCGGCUGGUGGAAGAUGGGAAGUAUGGGGCACAGGAUGAGAAGGGCCAGUGGAAUGGCAUGAUUAAAGAGCUUAUUGACCAUAAGGCAGAUCUGGCUGUAGCCCCUCUGACCAUCACUCACAUCCGGGAGAAAGCCAUUGACUUCUCCAAGCCCUUCAUGACUCUCGGCGUCAGUAUCCUGUAUCGGAAACCCAAUGGCACCAAUCCUGGCGUAUUCUCCUUCCUCAACCCCUUGUCUCCUGACAUCUGGAUGUAUGUUCUUCUUGCCUAUCUGGGUGUCAGCUGUGUUCUCUUCGUCAUUGCAAGGUUCAGCCCCUAUGAAUGGUAUGAUGCACAUCCCUGCAAUCCUGGCUCCGACGUCGUGGAGAACAACUUCACUUUACUCAACAGCUUCUGGUUUGGGAUGGGCUCCCUGAUGCAGCAAGGCUCUGAACUGAUGCCCAAAGCCCUGUCCACGCGGAUCAUUGGCGGCAUCUGGUGGUUCUUCACGCUGAUCAUCAUCUCUUCAUACACAGCCAAUCUGGCGGCCUUCCUCACUGUGGAGCGGAUGGAGUCUCCCAUUGACUCGGCAGAUGACCUGGCCAAGCAGACCAAAAUUGAGUAUGGGGCAGUCAAGGAUGGGGCCACCAUGACCUUCUUCAAGAAAUCCAAGAUUUCCACCUUUGAGAAGAUGUGGGCAUUCAUGAGCAGCAAACCCUCAGCCCUGGUGAAGAACAAUGAGGAGGGCAUCCAGAGAGCCCUUACAGCUGACUACGCCCUGCUUAUGGAAUCAACAGCCAUUGAGUAUAUCACCCAGAGGAAUUGCAACCUCACCCAAAUUGGUGGCCUCAUCGACUCCAAAGGCUAUGGGAUCGGCACACCUAUGGGUUCCCCCUACAGGGACAAGAUCACCAUUGCCAUCCUCCAACUCCAGGAAGAGGACAAGCUUCACAUCAUGAAGGAGAAGUGGUGGCGGGGGAACGGCUGCCCAGAGGAGGAGAACAAGGAGGCAAGCGCCCUGGGCAUCCAGAAGAUUGGGGGCAUCUUCAUCGUGCUUGCUGCAGGGCUGGUGCUUUCUGUGCUGGUGGCUGUGGGCGAGUUCAUCUACAAACUCCGAAAAACAGCCGAGAGGGAGCAGCGUUCAUUCUGCAGCACUGUGGCUGACGAAAUCCGAUUCUCCCUCACCUGCCAGCGACGGGUCAAACACAAGCCUCAGCCACCAGUCAUGGUCAAAGCCGACGCUGUCAUCAACAUGCACACAUUCAAUGACCGUAGACUCCCGGGCAAGGACAGCAUGACCUGCAAUACUGCACUGGCACCCGUGUUCCCCUAGGGCUGGGGCAAGGGCUAGGAGCUGGCAAGAGGCAGUUCCUUUAGGGUAAAGGAUGGGGACAGAAGGAGAGAUUCCCCCUUCCAAGUCUGUGGGCAGUGAAGGAAUCUGGCCCCACCCCCACUUGCCUACCUACCAUGAACCUACCUGAUCCCAGCCUGUGGUUUGGGGGAUUGGGUGGGUAGUUGGUGGGGGCUUCUUGUGUGUCUCUCUAAAGCAGAAGAGGCAAAAAUGAAAAAUGCACACACACACACACACACAUAUACACACACAUACACACACACACACACCUCUACACCUCCUCAAACUAAACACUCCCCAUCUCCUAGACAGAGAUUCGUACGCUGGACCCUUUGGUGACAAAGGGGCUCCAUGCCAGCAGCCUUUUGGGGGAGGAGGGUAUCCCAAGUCUUCAUGUUUAAAACUCUGUCCCAUGGAUUUCCAGGAGUGUGGCAAAUGAAAAAAAAAAUAACAGCCAUUUUGAUCAAGGGGGAAUGGCUGUCAGUGUGGAUAGAUGGACACCCCCACACACACCCCAGGACUAAUGGGCUGGAAGGAAGCCUCUGUUGUCCAUUGGCUGCCAACUUCAUCCUGAACAGCCAAGAGGGUUGAGGCCCAUUGGCCUUGGAGCUCCAUGCUAGUAAUGAUGGAAUGGCCCAGGAAGAAGUAAUACUUUGAAUUCCUUAUAGAUGAUACACCUCCUUUUGUAAUGGACUGAGAGGACUAGAGUAGAGGGAGAUAACCACAGAAUUCUUCAAGAAGCUCUUCUAGAUCCAAGGGAUCUGCCCCUCUUAAAGAAAGGUCCAGAGACUUCAGCCAUCAGCCCAUGUCCUCCAAAGCCAGGCAGGAAGACGUAUAUCAUGGAAAAAGCAGAUGGCCCUCAAUUGGGACAAUCCAUUACCAGAGCCAGGCUGAUAUUCAUUUGGAGUCUGAAGGUUUUAUUGGUCAUGUCCUGCCUACUUUUACACUGACUCUUUUUUAUGUGUCUCCCUCUAUCCUCUUGGAAGGACAAAUGAAGGAGAAAUGAGCUCUUGACCCAACCUAAAGAGGAAGCCAGGCCUCAUAUUUUCAGAGCAUAAAUGAGUCUUGGGCUAGACAGCAUCCUGUAGAAGCCAACAUCUGGGAACAAGGAGAGGACAUGUGUUUGAAGAGAUGAUCCCAAAAGGCCCUGACCUUCAGGACCUUUCAGGCUUCACGAAACUGUGAGCUUGUUUCCAGUGGCAAUUCUGGGCAACAUCUCAUCUUCCCAGAGUGGGAGAGGGAAUCUGUGCCUAGAAGCAUUAACCAAAGACCCCACAAGGUGACCUCCAUCCAGGUCACCCCUGAACUCCUGUCUUCAUUCCCCAUUGGAGUGGCAGGGACACCGUGGUGCUUUGGGGGACUGGCCAGAGAAAUGGGCAACAGGGAAUGCUGAAAGGAACAAAGUGUACUUAAGAAGGGCACAAUUUGGCCUGAGAGGUUUUUCUCAAGCUUGAGGAUUACCCUACCAGGAGGUCAUUCAUCAUAGUGGGAAUCCAGAGUGAAGGCUCCAACACCUGGCUCAAACACGAAGUCCUGCCCUAGCCUCCCAGCUCUGUUGAAGUGGCCUUGUUAUAGAGGAGCUAAGUUUGGUUCUUGGGGGCUUCUUGAAUAAAAAGGAAUCCCUGAAUUCUCCUACCCCUCUCUCAGUUCCUAUUAAAGUGGGCAAACCUUUCUGUUCUGAAGAUGACCCCAUGGUUCUGGGACUAGGCAGGGCCAAGCAAAGAGUUCCCCUACGUAGUGCAUUAUAAACAGGAGCACCACCUCUGUAGCACAUGGAUUGAGGGACAGACCCAUUGUCUGCUUACAGGUUACCACAUGGCUCCAGCUCUCACUGAGUAGAAUCUGUUUGGGGUGAGGUGGGCUCAUUGAUGUUGAAGUAUAGCCAAAUCCAUUCAAUUAUAAGAGAAGCCAUGACAUUGGAGUUUCUUGGUUAUAUGUGUGUCUAUAUGCACACAUAUGUGUGUCUAGCUAACGUCAGGAAUGGGGAAGAACAAUCAGUAAAUCAGAGUCCUGUUUGCACUUCUUUGGUGAAGGAAAAUGCUUUGUAAGAGAUUACAAGCACCAGCACAUGAAGUGCAUGAAAGUUUUAACUAAGCCUAAGCCAAAUGCUUUAUCAUUAACUCAUGGUCACUCAUCAAGCUCUUUUUAAGUGAAUUAACAGGACCUUAAAUAAAGACUUGUCUAAUUGCUCUUCCCUUUGCGGUUAUGAGCCACUUUCAUCAUUAGAAUUUAUUUCGUAGAAUAUACACAUCCACAACCCUUUACAAGAUGGGUGUGCGUGCUUCUAUAUAUUCUCACAGCAGUGCACAGAGAAUGUGCACUGGAAGUGAGAUGAUUUGUAUGUGUGACAUUUCCAUGGAAGAAACAAGGAAAUAUCACAAUUGUUACAGCCCCUUUAGGCAAGCUUCAAGGAGUCAGAAGGUUUUUGGUCUUCUUUGCUGGCAUGGAAUGAUGCCCCCUUUCUCAGUCAGGUUUCAUGUAUGUAUAUGGUAGCGUUUAUAUCUAAGACCAGGAGGUCCUAGAUUGAGGGCUAAGAGGGAGCUCAGGAGCCUACCUCAGGUUUGCUAGCAAGGGUAGAUGGCUACUUUUUAUUGUCCCCUGAAAACCCUGACAUCUGAAAACCCUGCUGCAGAGGUGUGUGUGGUUCCCAAGAUCAUAUCCAGAAAGACACAGUCAGGAAAGGAAGAUGCAUUUCCACCUCCAAGGAGUAUUUGUUAGUGCUGGGGUUUUAAAGACAUGUUGGACAUCAGCCAGAGCAUUAGGGUAAUGUCAGAGUAGGGGUUGUAAUCCAUAUCCACAAAGGAUUAAAUGUUAAGAGAUGGUUAAACAUUCUACUUUGCUGGUGGAAAAACCCAGGUUGGGACAGGCUUCUCCUCUUAGUCACUUGUGCCAGCAUCAAUCUCUCCUCUAAGGUUUCUGGUGCCACCAACAAUCUCCCAUUGUCCAGCUAUAAUUCUAUACUUUCUUGACCAAUCUGGCAAACUUGGCAUCUGGCAAUAAGAUAAAUUCCCCAGAGGCUGACUCCCUUCCUCUCUCUUCUUCCUCCUGACACUGUCUGCCAUUCAAAACUCCUCUUAUUUGGACCAAUGAGAGUGUCCAGGAAGAUUUCUCUAUUGAGCCUGCUGUAUCAGUCCAGCCUCGGCCAAUAGCCUGGAAGAAGCAGCUCCUUCAAGAAACAAGAAUGAUCUCUUUCUCAGUGGAGCCACACGACUGCCUCCUUCAGAAAGAAUACUAAGGCUUGGGACCCAGCAGGCAGAAGGAGAGUUGGCCUGGUUCAAGGCUGUACUGAGAAAUUAGCCAUCAGUGGAGUCCAGGAACUGUGCCCCUUCCCUAAACACGGAGGGAGGCAGAGACUAAACACAGCUGUAGACUGGCCAGUCCCUGGUUGGGGGCUUUCUACUCCUCCCCUUCAUUCUCCUCCCUCUUUUUCUCCUUUUUUUCUUUUUUUUCUCUUUGGUUGGGAAGCCAUGUGGGGGGCUGGGAGAAGCAUUUACUAUUCAGGCUUUUUGCAAACGCUCCUUCAUCACACAGCAUGAAGUAGCUGAUCCCUUCCCCCCCAGAUGCUCCAGCUGUGCAGGCAGACAUCUGGAAUUAACCCAGCUGCCUUCUGCAGCAGAAUCUCCUGCUGGUGACCUUCGCCCAGACCCUCCUCUUAAUGCUAGUCUGAAGACAGUAGCAGUGGGACAAUGCUUCAUUUAUAGUCCUUAAGCAUUGCUUUUGGAGUAGAUACAUCCACUCCCAAAACUUUUCUUUGGUAGAAAGCAAAGUUCUGUACUAUAUAUAUAUAUGAAUGUACAAAGAUAUAUAUACAUAUAUAUACUGUAUAUAUAUGCACAGUGUAUAUAUACCACGUAGUACAUGUGUAUAUGUACCCUCCCUUGCACGCACGCUCACAUGCCUGCUGCGUGUAUACACAUACCACACACACAUACAUACAGUGUAUAUAUAAUAUGGCCAGUAACAGUGAUGCUGGGAUUGGCACUUGGGUGAUGGCAAUCCAAGGACCUCCAAGAAGUAUUUAUUGUUCAAAUGCCUGCACAUCCUUCCCAGAUGCAUUCUGGGGAAGAUGGAGGCUGUAAACUAUGAAGGCCAAGGAAUGAAUCUCAGUUGAGGGCAUGAGCCAGGCACAUUGGGUAACUAGAUACAAGAGUUGGAUUGGGGGAGCUCAAUUCCCACCCAAGCCAGUGCACAGGCUACCUGUGAUCCCUACUUUCUCCCUUUGCCCCUUCCUCCUUGCCCCACUUUCUUCCUUCUUGCCCCCUUCUGCUAUCCUCUACUGGCCAUGUCUCCAUCACUUUGUCCUGCCUUCUGGGACAUUGUCAUUCCUGUAGUUGGGACUGAUAAACCUCAGCAUCAGAUCUUAGCAUAUAGGAGAAAGGUUUCCAGGGGCCCUCUGUGUUCUUCCUCAUUCCCAAUCUUGGGGUGUUCUAGAAGAAGGCAGACUAGUGGUGACCUGGCUAAGAUAUGUCCUAUGAUGUGGCCUCUUAGCAUCUCAGGACCAGUGGGGACUGAGCUGGGGAUAGAUUGGGCAUGGACUGAUAGAAAAAGGAUUUAUGAACUACUUUACCUUCUAAUUAGCUGGAAGUUGAGUGGGUAGUCUAAAGGUCCUCCUAUCAUUUCCAUCCCCUGUUCAUGAACACAACCCCAUUCCCCACCCAUAACCUCUUGGUAAAAAUAUAUUAAACACAUAAUCUGUUUCUGGCUAUUCCAUGUAAUCUUAAGAUGCCAGGGAUGUCAUGCCAGUUGAGGAGAAACUCCAAACCAGAGAUGUAUCCUGAUUGGCCAUAGUCUUUUCAUAUUAGAACUCACACAACUGAAGAGGGAAAUCCUUUUGUGCUGACCAUAUCAUUGAGGCCCUCAGUGAAGGCUCCAUGUCACCAGCAGGACCAGUGGUGGACCUGGAGAUGUGAGUAGAGUUCUCAUCCCAUCAGUCCUCCUUCCCUUUCUCAGACAUUCAUGGAUCCUAAAGUCAGAUUCCCUUCUCUCUCCUAUGUAUGGGAGAAAGGGUGGAUCCUUAUCCAAUUUCUUCUGCCACCCCAAGAUGGUGAGUAGAAGAUGGAGUCCCCAAUUCUGGGUGGAUUUUAGCUUUGAUAGUCCAUCCCCUUGUUCAUUAUAAUCCCAAGUCUACACCACAGAAUGUCAGAGAGUACUGCAAAGUGGCAGACAACUAUAUAUAGAAUCAGCCCAGUCUAAGGGAAUAGUGAGGAUAGCCAAAAUGCUCCCCAAAGCCAUAUGCUGGCCAUGGUAUCACCUCACAAACUCAACACAACAAAGCACAGUAGCUAUAUGUGAAAUACCACACUGACAGUUUGCUUCUCUCUCUCUCUCUCUCUCUCUCUCUCUCUCUCUCUCUCUCUCUCUCUCUCUCUCUCUCUCUCUCAUUCCUCCCAUACCCUCUUACCUUUCCUCUCCUUCUCCUUUUCUUCUUUUUCCAUCUCAAUUUUUUCUCUCCCUCUUUCUUCACUUUUCUUCCCUUUCCAUUUUCUUUCUCUCUUCUCCUCCCCCCUCUGCUCUUUCCUUCUUGCCUGUCUCCAUUUCUGACUCCCUUCUCCUCUCAAUCUCUCCUCUGUUGGUGUCUCUUCCUUCUUUCAACCUCUUCUCUAUCACAAUCUCUCUCUCUCAUCCCCCCUUUCACCUCCUCCAUACCCAGCUAUUCAUCUCUUUCUAUGCCUCUCAGCCUCCCUCCCUUUUUCUCAGCCUAUGCAGACCUCCCCACUUCUCCCUUGGCUCCUAUGGCUCUCCCUCAGUAAUAUCUGUUGUUCAUAUCUCGGUGGGACAGGAGAUUUUGGUUGGUCUCCUUCCUGUGCCCUUUGGUCAGAGAUCUCUGAGAUUGGAGCUGCCCCUAAACCUUCAGGCAGGUACACAGAUGAAAUCUUCAGGCAGCCAAGCAUCAGAGGUCCCUGAGUAGUAGAUCUUCUGGACAGAGAGUUCUGCCAGGUCUCUCUUGACCCACCUAGACCUUGUUCCUGGCCUCAUUGAUAGUAAAAUAUGGUAAAGACCACCACCUGGCUAGCUCUCCCUGGAUGGGCACUUAGGGAUCAAAUACACACUUCUAUCAUCCAGUGGAGCCUGGCCCAAAGCUCCUGGGUCUGCCUUCCCUGGCUCACUCAUUCGCUUGCUAGAUAGCUUGCUCUCUCUCACUAGCUCCUGCUCACUCCAGCCCCUGCCCAAGGGCCUGGCCUGGCCUACCCUUUGUCCUUCCUUCACUCGAUGGUCUCUAGGCCAAUCAGGGGAUGCCCUUUGUGGACAUGCAGAAUUUCUAUGAAUAUAGUUUUUGUAAACAUUUUGUAACAAUUUUGGUUUCAUAGUAACUGUGUUACUUGCUAAUCAUUCUAGGCCCAUGUAAAUAAAUUUUCCCCAAAUCUGUUUAUUUCCUUUUUAAGACACUGUGAAAUAUCAAAGUACACAGUUUGCUGUUAUGAGGUAAUAUGGUUUUAAAUUUUAAAUAAUAAAAAAAGAUUUCUAGAAAA